CGCGGCGCUGCUGCGGCGUCGGCGUCGAGACCUCGGCCGCGGCUACGUUUCGCGACGGGACUUCUGAGUCGCAGGCACGCGGCGCAUUUCACUUUUCAGCCGGACCCAGAGCCCACCCAAUAUGGCCAGACACAGAAAAUGAACCUUUUCCAGUCUAUUACAAGUGCCUUGGAUAAUGCCUUGUCCAAAGAUCCAACAGCAGUAAUAUUUGGUGAAGAUGUAUCCUUUGGUGGAGUCUUUAGGUGCACUCUUGGCUUGAGAGACAAAUAUGGUAAAGACAGAGUGUUCAAUACUCCUUUAUGCGAACAAGGAAUUGUAGGAUUUGGCAUUGGAGUUGCAGUAACUGGUGCUACAGCCAUUGCAGAAAUUCAGUUUGCUGACUAUAUCUAUCCUGCCUUUGAUCAGAUUGUUAAUGAGGCAGCAAAGUAUCGGUAUCGCUCUGGAAAUCUCUUUGAUUGUGGAAGCCUCACUAUAAGAGCCCCUUGGGGUUGUGUGGGUCAUGGUGCAUUAUAUCACUCUCAAAGCCCUGAAGCCUUUUUUGCUCAUUGUCCAGGACUAAAGGUUGUUGUUCCAAGAGGUCCUGUAGAAGCCAAAGGACUAUUGCUAUCAUGCAUAGAAGAUAAAAACCCUUGUAUAUUCUUUGAACCUAAAAUACUGUACAGAGCAGCAGUGGAGCAAGUCCCUGUGGAGCCAUACUACAUUCCACUCUCUCAAGCAGAAGUGCUUCAGAAUGGAAGUGAUGUUACACUGGUCGCCUGGGGUACUCAGGUUCAUGUUAUUAAAGAGGUAGCAGUUAUGGCUCAAGAAAAGCUUGGUGUGUCCUGUGAAGUAAUUGAUCUGAAGACUAUUCUGCCUUGGGAUGCAGAGACUAUAUGCAAGUCAGUGGCAAAGACUGGACGGUUGCUGAUUAGCCACGAAGCCCCUAUUACAGGAGGUUUUGCAUCAGAAAUUAGUUCAACGGUUCAGUUCAGCUGGCAAUAAUCACAACUUCUAAAAGAUUGUCACAGUUCCAUAGAUCACAGUAUUAGAUAGUGUCCUUGAGUUGUUGGACAAAAUUAAUGAACUGUAAAGCAAUAAAAGAGGCCUGUGGAAUGGAAUAGAAGCCAAAUGGAAAAGAAAAGGAAGAAAGGUGAAAAGGGUGGCCUGGGGGAUGAUGAUAAGCAAGAAGAAUCGAGCUAUAUAA